AUACACUGGUGUCGCAUCAAAUGUGGUCAUAGAAAUAGGAGGAGUCAAGGUGCGUACGUGUUUUUACGUCAUGCCCAGCUUGGACCUUCCAAUAUUACUGGGAAGGUCGUUCCUGUGCAGAUCUGAGGCACUCAUUAUGAACAAACACGACGGCACCAUGUUCGUCAUCCUGUGUGACCCUGUCUGUGGAAACUUUGAGGUGAUCACCUGUAGGAACACGGGGCCUCACAGCUCAAAGAACAGACUCAAUGCUGGAUCCUACACAUUCGAGGAGUCGGAGAAUAGGAGGAGAGAACUAGAGUGGGAAGGAGAAGAAGAGGAGUCAGAUGAUGAAGAAGCUAAAGGGCUUGUAUUGAGUCUAGCGAAUAUCAGUGAUGUUGUAGAACUGGUAUCGGCCUAUAAGAUGGCUGACGCGGAUGCCAUUAGAGCACUUGUUGAAAGAAUUCAGGACGAUCCGGAAGGAGGAAGGGUCGAUCUCGUUUACCGGCCACCUCCUUCUACUCAGAUAAUAGUGCCGCAUGCGCCAAAUGCUCAAGCUGUCGGUCAGCAUUUUUUAGGGGUGGGCUCAAGCAGGGCUCCAAAAGGAGGUACAAGACGGCGUGACCCUUGGAAAGAAGAGGCCAUGACGCAGAAAGGAGCAAUGGCAGGGACCUCUGGACUUGCCUUGAGAAAGGGAGGGCAGAGAAGGGAGCUGAGAGUCUCAAGGAACCUGGAAGAGCUGCCCAUUUACAGGGCUGGAGACAUGCUGAAAGUUUUCCUGCGAGACCUUGAGGAGUACGCGUUCAGGAGAGAAUGGGGUGACAUGGAAAGGAUUGCGAACGUGAAAGGAGCAGGAAUGUACAAAAGGAGGAUUGAAGGAGUGGUGGCAUGUUGCACAAGGUGGAAAGUAUGCAAGGUCAUGCAAGACCAGACAAGAAAGGAAAGGCUGCAAAAGAAGGGGUUAUGGAUUGGAAGAGGGGUGACUGAGCCACAGGGGAAGGAGGAAAAGAACGAAGAAGAAGAUAAUGUACCUCUGAAAGUGUUAAAGAACAAGGCAAGGAUCUCCCCCAAGAGCAGCAGCAAGGAAUCUGAGCAGGCUGAGGGAAAUGAACAGGACGAGGAGGAGGCAGCAGAGGAGAGGAAAAAAAGCAUGGGGGCCAGUAUGGUACCAAGGAAGAAGAAACUUGGAAAGAGAAGGGCAAUUAAGAGUGGAAGAAGAGAGAUACAAGAAAGGGUGAGUGAAAAGGGGGAAGGAGUAGAGGAAGUUGGGGAAGGAAAGAAGGUCCAAGGAGGAGGCAAGGCUCCCAAAGUUAAGAGAACUGAGGGAAAGAGGCCGAUUGGGAACAAGGAAGAGACAAGUGAGAUAAGAAAGAAGGAAGAUGAGAAGGAUGGUCAGGUGGAGAAGUUGAUAAGAGAUAUGGAAGAAAUGAGGAAGGAAGUAAGGGAAUUGAAGAAAGAGAAGGAGGAAUUGCAAAAAAAAAUGAGACAAUUAAGGGUCUCCCUGAAUGUGCAAAGCAGAGAACUGGAAAAUGAAGUGGACACAAGAGCUAAGAUGAAAAUAAGGGUGGAUGGUCUGGUUUCUGAGGUCAGUGUGCUAGGACAGGACUUGGACGAUGAAAUCUCAGAAAGAAAGAAGUUGGGACAAGAGUGGGAGGAAAGAUGGGAAAAGAUAUUGAGAAGAAUGAAAAAAUCCAGAUUGAGUCAACAGGGGAAAGAGAAGGAAGCCACAAAGAUGGUGGGAAGAAAAGGGGGUGAAGAGAAAGGGGCACAUACUGAGAAGAAGAAAGAGGAGCUUCCUGCACCCAAAAAGGAAAAGGGUGAGAGUGUGGCUAUACCUCUGCCAGGACAAGUACAGAUCAAGUAUCCCCACUUCGAGUUAAAUUUAUUUUAUGUGGGAGACCCGGGUUAAAAUCCCGGCAGUAAUAAUGAAAAGUAAGGUGACGG